UCUCGCUCUCUCCCUCCCUCUCUCUCUCCCCUCGCUGCUGCUGCUGCCGCAUUUCACUCAAGAGCUGAGCCGGGGAAAGAGUCACCCGGGGAUCCCAUCGGAGACGCCGACGAUGGUGGCGUGAAGAGUGUCGCCACACGUGUACGUGGUCAAUCGCUCGCCAAGCUGGUCACCCACCCCGGUCAAUUCGACGCAGCGCAGGUCACCCCGCUCACCCAGUCGCGCGUGAACCACACCGGCCGCAUUACGCACCGAGUCAGCUGAGUCAAUUAGUCGCCUGAGCCGUCCGGUCAAAUACAUGUGACCGGCCGGUCACGUAACAAGCUAGUCGCCCAGUCACGCGGUCACGGAGGAGACAUCCUCGUCACCGGAUCACCUCGUCACCAAGUCACGCAACCAGGCAGUCACCCAGCCAGUCUCACCUACAACCACCCCCGGUCGACCAAACGCGCACGUUCACGCGCAGUCAGUGAAGUCACGGGGAUAUCAACCCACCCGGUCAUCCCAGCAGCCGGUCACCCGGGUCACACUCGGUCACCCAAGCGGCCACGCGGUUUAGGCGGGGCAUUCUCCACCCCAGUGAGGACGGCCACUGAAUAAUAACCAACGCGCAAGGGCGAGAGAGAGAGAGAGAGGAGGCGCGGAGAGGAGGUGCGGAGAGCCAUCCAAACCCGGGAGACGCGGCACCAUGGCAGCCACCGUGGCCACCCUUCUGCUCCUCGCGCAACUCGCAGCGGUGACGGGGAUCUUGCCCGAAUGUGAAUUCCUCGUGGAGCUCAAGAAGCGGGAGAACGAGUGUGCGGAGCGCGUGGGCCACGAGAUCAACGCGUCCGUCGCUCGCGGCCUCUACCUGCCCGGCUGCCCCGGCAUGUGGGACAAUCUGUCGUGCUGGCCGGCGGCUGCCCACGGAGACGUGCGGUCCGUGCCCUGCCCGGAUUUCAUCGCCCUCUUCAAGAAACGAGGCGUGGUGUACCGGAACUGCACGCACACCGGCUGGACCGACCCCUACCCCAAAUACGACGAGGCCUGCGGCUUGGACGACGUCAACGAGAAUGAGACGGACGAGAGGUCGUACUACAGGACGGUGAAGAUCACGUACACGGUCGGGUACAGCACGUCGCUCAUCGCUCUCACCGCCGCAAUGCUCAUCCUCUGCCUCUUCCGGAAGCUGCACUGCACGCGCAACUACAUCCACAUGCACCUGUUCAUGUCGUUCAUCCUCCGCGCCAUCUCCGUGUUCAUCAAGGACGCCGUCCUCUUCCCCGACAACGAGGGCAGCCGCUGCUCCACCGCCGCGGAUGAAGAUGAGUACUUCGAUGACAUGGAGAACAUGAAGCUGGGCUGCCAGCUCACCAUGGUGUUCUUCCAGUACUGCAUCAUGGCCAACUACAGCUGGCUGCUGGUGGAGGGUCUCUACCUGCACACCCUGCUCCUCAUCUCCUUCUUCUCCGAGAGGAAGUACUUCUGCUGCUACAUCCUCAUCGGCUGGGGAGCCCCCGCGAUCUUCAUCGUGCCCUGGGCCCUGUCGCGCUGGAUCUACGAGAACACCGGCUGCUGGGACACGAAUGACAACCACGAGAUCUGGUGGAUCAUCAAGGGCCCCAUCCUCUUCUGCAUCCUCGUCAACUUCAUCCUCUUCAUCAGCAUCAUCCGCAUCCUCAUCAAGAAGCUCAAGUCCCCAGACGUUGGAGGGACCGACUCGAGCCACUACAAGCGUCUGGUGAAGUCCACGCUGCUGCUGAUCCCGCUGUUCGGCGUGCACUACAUCGUGUUCGCCUUCACGCCCGACAACAUGCUGCGCGACUUCCCCAUCGAGAUGAGACUCUACUUUGAGCUGUCCUUUGGCUCCUUCCAGGGCUUCGCCGUGGCGAUCCUCUACUGCUUCCUCAAUGGAGAGGUGCAGGCCGAGCUGAAGCGCAAGUGGCGACGCUGGUGCGUGGACCGCUACCUGUCGGUCGACCUGCGGCAGCAGCACAACUCCACCGUGAGCAACGGCAACAACGGAGCCACGCAGCUCUCGCUGCUCACCAAGUGCAGCCCCAAGACGCGCUCCUCCAGCCUGCAGACAGUAACCGCAGCCCCGGAGCAGCAUGGCGCGAUGAUCAGUGACUGCCGCGUGUAGCCGUCCCGUGGCGCCACCCCGCGUAGUGUCCGUGGUUUCGUAGGGACCCCUGUCGAUGUAUAGCCGUCCGCAAGCUCGGUCGCUGUAGCGACCUCCGGCUUUUAUGGCGCCGGUUUUCCCGCAGAGCGCGGGCAGAAACUUCCCCGCGGAAAACGUCUUGCUCGAUCCUUAGGGUGCGGAGGCCUCAGAACACCGGUCGGGGAAAACCAGGCGCCGGCCAAAGUUUUGCGCGCGCGACGCGUCGUUACUGUUAUUAUGAUGAUGAUUAUUAUUAUUGCUGCUCAACGUCUCCCGGCAGCAAAAGUGUCAACUUUUCUAUUUCCACGGGAGGAUUGCCGUUUGGUCUCAGCGAACCACUCGAGCUUGCGGCUCUUUGUGGUCACGUGGUCGAGGCCGUCGUACGCCCAGCGAGAAGGCGGCCGCAGUGGCCGAGACGCGCCCCGUGCAAAGGGGGGGGGGGGGGGGGUGUGGGGAUGGCCAUCCUUCGGAUUUCCAUCAAAGUAUUCUCGCGAUUGAAAACACGGAAGCUGAAUGUGAGCACGCGGGCUGGAUCGAGACCAAGCGCGCUUGUCCCAGAAAUCGCCCUCUUGCCUCCCUCCGCCACCCCUCACCCUCCCAUCAGCGUAACGUGAGGACUUAUAUGAGGACUGUACUUAUAUAGGGUGUGCUUGUAUCCGCCUUCUAACAUAAUAGGAAUAAUUUGCCCAGAUAAGCCACACUGAGUCCGAAGGCUUUUUCUUUUUUUCCUGGAGUGUUCUGCAUUGGAAUGUUUCGGGUGAAUUCCAUUGAUGCGUAAUUUUGGUAUACGGAAGGAGUAACUGGAAAAAAAAAAACAUCGAAAAACUCUUCUUGCAGUUGAGGGGGUUCCACUCAGCAUGGCAAUCUACCUUCUGGCUGCCACUCGCCUACAACACGUGGCUAUCCCUGGCACACACGUGGUGCAAAUACCGCUGAGUCAUCGAUAUCCGACAAGGUUGGGCGCAUUGAGGACCAUUUGGCCGUCGGUCAUAGCCGUGGAAAUGUGUCCAGCAGAGCGUCCGUUGCUUCACGUGGCUCUCUCGGCGAGACUCCGCCAACGCCGGUUCGUCUCACGUACGGGGGGCGGGCGGUGGGGGGGGGGGCGAGCAGUGGUGAGGGGGGGGGGGGCUACCCACCCCCCAUGUGGUUUCGUGCCCGUGAGAGCCGUCGCUCACGGGCAGCGCGUAUUCCGCAAACGGAAUUAGCGGUGCAAAAUAUCCGCCGUCGACGAAAGUGUUUGUGUAGUUUACGGUGAUUCGGACGAGUGGACGAAGUGAUCGAGCGACGACUACUACGACUACGGACGCUGCCCUCCAGAGACAAACGCGCGACCCGCUGAGACAAACGUAGACGCUCCUCCGAACGCUCUGAACAAAAGCGGAGACUUAAACUAACUCGAGCCGUGUUCAUCAGCGACUACGUUGCAGCCUGGAAGACCAGAAAAUGAUAACUGCCCGACACGGUAUGUACGUAUUUAAAACGGUGUACCUCGGUCACUGAUUGGCUGAGCUGAUGACGUUGUGGUGGGGGGAGGGGUGGUGGUGGGGUGGGGGGGGAUCGCGUGCCCACGUCACAGACAUCGCUCGUCUGACAUUGGAUGACACUCUCCACUGCCCUCGUCGACCAGACCCCACAAAAUCAGUGACGACAUGAAAUCCGCAGACCUGCGGUUCGACUAAAUCUCCACGUGGUUGUCGUCGCCUCGGCUAGGACUGGGACUCGGACAAAUAAAUAGAACGCUGACUAAAUGUCCGCCGCUCCCGGGCUACGGUCGAGGGGUCGCCCAGUGUCCUGAAGCGUUGGGGGGGGGGGGGAAUUGCCCCUCUCGCCACCCUCCCCCCAGCAGUGCUUUCGGACGUAGCCCGAGUUCCGGUCGUCACUCGUAGACCUCUGCUUAGGUGUCCUCGCGGUGGCGCCGUUUACGGCUCCCCGAUUGUGUUUUUACGCUUGCGCCGCGUUUUGCUGACGUUGGGCACGACGGCGGGCGACGUUUUAUUUAUUUAUUUUUUUGCUGCCGCUCCGCGCGCGCUCGGGAGCCGCCGCUCCCUUCGGGAACCGAACGUUCGCUCGUCCGCGCGCUCGGGGUGUUCGCCGACUCAAAGUCCACGUUCCUCCCGGCGUGCGGAGCGGUGAAACGUCGGGCAAUGGUGGUGCCGAACGGCGCGCGGCCCCGAGUGGGGGGGGGAGGGGGGGGGGGCGUGGGUUGGGGGUACGACCCGACAACAGGCCGGAGGGAGGGCUCCCUUAGACUCGCGCGUGCGUGCGUGUGCGUGCGUGCGUGUUCACCUAGAAAGUGUUUUUUGUAACCAAAAGCCCUGUGGGCGAGGGAGAGCGGGCGAUGUGGAGGACGAGGAGGAGGAGCACUGGUGUCGUUAACGAGUCGGGGCCCCCCAGCCUGGCCUGAUAGAAUGCAGCGUGAGGGUGGGAGGGUUACAGGGAACCCACCUCUGGCUUGAGGGGUCAUUUGCUACUCGAUAUCUGUUUCUUUCUAAGUAAAAAAAAACCUGUUCGUGUACGAAUGCCGAACUGUUCACAUGUUAACGUGGAGGUUUUUUGGAGCGCCGCAAUGUGAUGUGUACCGCGCGUGACUUUCAGCUGUAAGCCAGUCAAUCGAUCUAUGUGAUGUGUAUCACGUGACUCUCAGCUGUAAGCCAGUUGAUCGAUCUAUAUGGUGUGUAUCACGCGUAACUUUCAGCUGUAAGCCAGUCGAUCGAUCGAACUUACGUAUCUGCCGUCUCUUUCUGUUACCCAUUACCCGCAAAGACUAUCCCAUGGCACAUUUCUGUUACGAGGCCACGUCAGUGGCGAGCGUGGUGAGGCUGGUCAUCGUUUUCGCGCGUCGCAUUGCCCACCACGAGCGCCACCCAGCGGGUCGGACCUGCGUCAUUCGCUCUGCUGCAAGUCAUUUCUUGUAUCCGACGCUUAAAAUGAGUUUCGAUGUCCCUACGCGGAGACUGCGAUCAUUCCCCCCCCACUCCGUCCAGCCAUGGGCUUUCGCGAGAAAAAUUCGAUCACGGCGUUCUACUUCCAUUUUGUGUUCGACGGCUUGCAGCCCCCCCCCCCACCCACGCCCCGUGGCUGCACGUGCGGCACCACGUGGCGCCGUGUUUUGAUAAUCGCAAAGGUGGCUAAUAAUGUGUAAUGCGUUACCAAUCGUAAAUGAGAAAUGUUUGCAGUAGUACACACACGCUUUUGUCGACGGAAUGGAUACAGCCAGGGCUGAAUUUCUCACUCGAUAUUCUCCAGAACGCUGCUGGGCUGGCUCGGAGUAGGGAUUGUAGAGCUACAAGGUACGUCUAUACACAAUAAACCUCGGUUGUCGUCGAUUACUGUACCCUAUGUUCCAAUAAUCCCACGAGGAUAAGAUUAGUAGGAUUACAAAACAAGGUGAGAUUGAUGGUGGCGUGCUCAAAACAAUUCCCCAGAACAGUGUUCCGGAUUUUUCGUGUUGAAAUUAAGACUUCUGGUAUGUACCUAAUUACAGAUAUACAUGUAGCGUUUAGGCAAACGUUUCGGGUAAUUGCCAUGUUAUUCAGAGUAGGAGGAAUAUGCAGACGAGAGCGACGUGCUGAAUAGUUGGAGACAACGCAUUGCAGGGUCCCAUGAGCCCAGAGCCAGAUGUCUCACCCGUGGGGUGCCACCUCAAGUGGCAUCCAUCACUUAAGCGGUUCCAAGUUUCUUCAUGUUGGACAAUAGCCGUGAUUUGUGCGUUAUGACCGUUUGAGAUGAGUGGGGUCAUCAGGUUAUUCACCCUUGUUAUAAAUAAACUCCGUACU